ACUCUAAGUGAUUGUGCAAGAAAUCAAAAUAACGCCCUCAUUUAUAACAAAUUCACAUUCGGUCAACCAAAAAUAAAGCCUUGGCUGUGUCCCUUUUUCGGAUUUCCGUUGAUUCUUCUUUUUUCUUUCAAUUUUCAUUUUCUUCCCAUCUCAUUCAACCAUAGCUCCGUUUCAAAGUAAAACGCUCAAGAUUGCCGUUGCAAAAAAAACAAAGUGAACAGCAGUACCUUUUUGUGGAAAAUCUUCAUCACAACUCCUGUUGAUCAAGACUCCUGCUUUUUACUGCUCUUUUGUAUGCACACACACACUUUACAGCUCGAUUCGUGCAGCAAUAAACAACAACUCCGAUCAAAGUCAGUGUAACGAUCAAGUUUACCUUACGAUCCCAUCCGGAGUCACCGAACUUGAACCAAACCGGCGUCUCGUGACCAUCUGAUACUGCCAUCAUGGGCGCAUGUAUGUCCACAUCGGAGGAAAAGGAGGCAAGGGAUAGGAGUGUGAUGAUCGAUAAACAGUUAGAGGAUGAAAGUCGGCGAUUCAAGAAAGAAUGCAAAAUUCUAUUAUUGGGAGCGGGAGAAUCGGGGAAGUCUACGAUUGUUAAACAAAUGAAAAUCAUUCAUCAAAACGGAUACAAUCAUGAAGAAUUGAUGGUUUACAGACUAACGGUGAUUAAAAAUUUGGUUGAUUCUGCACAAGCCCUCGUUUUGGCUCUACGGAAAUUCACUCUAGAACCCGAACACGAAGAGAACCGAGCAAAUGCAGAGAAGAUCUUGCAGUAUCGGGUCGAAGCAGAUCCGAGCACAACACUAGAUGCUUCAAUGGGAGCGGCAAUUGAGGCUCUAUGGAACGAUCCUGCAACAAGGCUAGUGAUGGAAAGAAGUAGCGAGUUUUAUAUGAUGGACAGCGCACCAUACUUCUUUGGUGAAACAAAGAGGAUUGCAUCUCCAAACUUUAUACCGAACGAACAUGACGUCCUACGUGCCCGUUCCAAGACCACCGGAAUAUCGGAAACGAGAUUCAGCAUGGGACAGCUAUCCAUUCACUUAUUCGACGUCGGAGGGCAAAGAAGUGAACGUAAGAAAUGGAUUCACUGUUUUGAAGCGGUUACCAGUAUCAUUUUCUGCGUUGCACUUAGUGAAUACGAUCAAGUUCUACUGGAAGAAAGCGGUCAAAAUCGAAUGGCGGAAAGUUUGGUUUUGUUUGAAAGUGUGGUAAACAGUCGUUGGUUCACGAGGACGAGUAUCAUUCUGUUUUUGAACAAGAUUGACAUCUUUAAGCAAAAGAUACCGCGGAUACCUCUAUCGAACUUCUUUGAAGAAUAUACCGGCGGCAAUGAUAUUAACAAGGCGGCCAAGUAUAUCCUAUGGAGGUUCACACAGACAAAUCGAGCGAAAUUGAGCAUCUAUCCGCAUCUUACACAAGCAACAGAUACGAGCAAUAUAAGACUCGUCUUUGCUGCUGUGAAAGAGACAAUCUUGCAAAAUGCUCUGAAGGAUUCAGGUAUUUUGUGAUGCAAACACCACUUUCCAAGGACGAUUACGUUGCACCAUAUACCCCCCUUUCGAUCUAAUGCGGCAUUUUCACCAUCAGCUUGCUCCCUUUCGCUCAUAAAAUCAGUGUUGGCAAGCAAACAUUCCAAGCCCGACAAAUGGUCAAACGAUCGAGAUCUCAGUCUACGAUUUCGAUUCACAAAGUCGACUCUCUUUUCCUCAAGUUCCUGCAACAAUGCUGCUAUGGUCGCUAAAAAUUGGCAAUCCCAUCUUUCUCCAAAAAAUAAUAAUCUCUUUCUUUCUCUUCUCUCGAUCUCACGAUGUACUUUUUGGCUGGUAAGGCUCUACGUAGCUAUAACUCUCCCCUGUCACCCUAAUAUCAAAAUCAUUAUACAGUAUUUACCACUGAGAGAGACAAGCACGCACGC